AACAAAAGAACUUAAUAAUUAACAGUAAAACGGAGAUGACUGCAAUUGCAAAAUCAACCUUUACAAUGUGCAAUAUAGAAAAGUUUCACUGAGAAAAACAACCCAAAGUACCCAAUAGACUUUCACAAAGUUAAUUUUUUCCUGCAAAUCAAACAUAACACGCCCGUGAACUUAUGCAAGCAGCUGCCAGCAUCAGUAAAAGAUGCCUCCUACUUUUGGAGAAAUGCAAGAGCAUGAAUCAACUGAAGCAAGCCCAUGGACAGUCAAUCACAUGUGGCCUUGGCAACAAUUCCUUUGCUUUAAGUAGACUGUUAGCAUUCUGUGCAGACCCAUCUCAUGGAAGCCUUAACCAUGCAUUGAAAAUCUUUCGACACAUUCAACGACCCACCAUUUGCAUAUACAACACCAUGAUGAAAGCUUUUCUGCUCAAAGGUGAAUUUACUAAUGUUUUAAAUUUAUGCUCUACCGUGCUCCAAAAUGGUAGGUCUCCCGAUACUUAUACCUUGCCUUAUGUGUUAAAAGCUUGUUCAAAGUUGCAAUCUUGUUUUUUCGGUGAAUUAGUACAUGGGUAUAGUUUAAAAUUGGGUUUUUUGGUUAAUAUAAUAGUGGCUAAUUCUUUGCUAUUGAUGUAUUGUGGGUUUAGGGAUAUGAGAAGUGCAAGUUACAUGUUUGAUGAAAUUCGUAGUCCAUGUUCUGUAUCAUGGACAUUGAUGAUUUCUGGUUAUGCUAAAGUGGGUGAUAUUGAAUCUGCUAGAUUAUCCUUUGAUAGAGCAUCAGAUAAGGAUAUAGGAAUUUGGGGUGCCAUGAUUUCUGGGUAUGUGCAAAAUAAUUGCUUCAAAGAGUGUUUAUAUAUGUUUAGGUUAAUGCAAUCGGCUGAUAUUAUACCUGAUGAAGUUAUAUUUUUAAGUACUCUUUGUGCCUGCGCUCAAUUAGGCGCUUUGGAUACUGGGAUUUGGAUUCAUAGAUAUUUAGAUAGGUUAGGAUUGCCAUUAAGUAUCCGGUUGAAGACAAGUCUUAUUGAUAUGUACGCAAAAUGUGGGAAUUUGGAUUUAGCUAAGAAAAUGUUUGAUGAAAUGCCUCAAAGAGACACAGUUUGUUGGAAUGCCAUGAUUUCUGGUUUGGCAAUGCAUGGAGAUGGAGACGGUGCGCUGAAGCUGUUUAUGGAGAUGGAGAAGGCAGGGUGUAGGCCAGAUGAUGUCACAUUCAUAGCAAUUUUGUCUGCUUGUAGUUAUUCUGGCAUGGCAGAGGAAGGCUUAAGAUUAUUAGAUAGAAUGUGUAAUGUGUAUAACAUUGGGCCUAAGAGUGAACAUUAUGCGUGUAUAGUUGAUGUUGUUAGUAGAGCAGGCCUCCUUCAGGAAGCAAAAGAUAUAAUCCAAAGAAUGCCUACUUCAAGCAGUUCUUCUCAAGAAGCAGUAGCUUGGAGAGCUUUACUCAGUGCUUGUUGCGAUCAGGGACAAGCCCAACUGGCUGAGCUUGCAGCUGAGAGACUCAUGCAGUUAGAACUUCACAGCGGAGCAUAUGUUCUGCUCUCAAAUCUGUAUGCAGCUACUGGGAAGCAUGAUCAUGCCAAAAGAAUAAAGAAAAUGAUGAGAAAUAGGGGCGUGGAUAAGGUGCCUGGUUGCAGUUUGAUCAAAAUUAAUGGCAUUGUUCAUGAGUUUGUUGCAGGAGAGAAGUCGGACAAACAAAUUGAAGAAAUAGAAUCUAUUUUAGAGAAGAUACAUAAACAAUUGAACAAUUUGGAGUGUAACCCCUCUCUUUUUCCUGGAUGAAUGGACACGACAUACUUGCUCGCGACUGUUUACUGUUUGUAUCCUCAGGGCAUGCUGUUUGAAAUGCAUUAUUUUUUCAGUA